GAAAGAUGCGCUCGAUCCAGCAGGGUGGCCCGUAGGCUGCUGAGCCCUCGGCCGCGCGGGGAGACCGUCUGCACCUUGCCCGCGGCCGCUGACCAUGACCAUGACCCUCCACACCAAAGCGUCCGGAAUGGCCCUGCUGCACCAGAUCCAGGGGAGCGAGCUGGAGCCCCUGAACCGCCCGCAGCUCAAGAUCCCCCUGGAGCGACCCCUGGGGGAGGUGUACGCGGACGGCGGCAAGCCCGCCGUCUACAGCUACCCCGAGGGCGCCGCCUACGACUUCAACGCCGCGGCCGCCGCCUCCGCGCCCGUCUACGGCCAGUCGGGUCUCGCCUACGGGCCCGGGGCCGAGGCGGCGGCGUUCGGGGCCAACGGCCUGGGGGGCUACCCGCCAAAUUCAGAUAAUCGGCGCCAGGGUGGCCGAGAGAGAUUGGCCAGCAGCGGUGACAAGGGCAGCAUGGCUGUGGAGUCCGCCAAGGAGACGCGCUACUGUGCGGUGUGUCACGACUACGCCUCGGGCUACCAUUACGGAGUCUGGUCCUGCGAGGGCUGUAAGGCCUUCUUCAAGAGAAGUAUUCAAGGACAUAAUGACUACAUGUGUCCAGCCACCAACCAGUGCACAAUCGAUAAAAACAGGAGGAAGAGCUGUCAGGCCUGCCGACUGCGCAAGUGCUACGAAGUGGGAAUGAUGAAAGGCGGGAUACGGAAAGACCGGAGAGGAGGGAGAAUGUUGAAACACAAGCGCCAAAGAGACGACGGGGAGGGCAGGAGCGAAGCGGGCUCCUCGGGAGACGUGAGGGCCGCCAGCCUGUGGCCCAGCCCGCUCCUGAUCAAGCACACCAAGAAGAACAGCCCCGCCCUAUCCCUGACGGCCGAUCAGAUGGUCAGUGCCCUGAUGGAGGCCGAGCCCCCCCUAAUCUAUUCCGAGUACGACCCCACCCGGCCCUUCAGCGAGGCUUCGAUGAUGGGCCUGCUCACCAACCUCGCGGACAGGGAGCUGGUGCACAUGAUCAACUGGGCCAAGAGGGUGCCAGGCUUUGUGGAUCUGACCCUCCAUGACCAGGUCCACCUUUUGGAAUGUGCCUGGCUAGAGAUCCUGAUGAUUGGUCUUGUCUGGCGCUCCAUGGAGCACCCGGGGAAGCUGCUGUUUGCUCCCAACUUGCUCUUGGACAGGAACCAGGGAAAGUGUGUAGAGGGCAUGGUGGAGAUCUUUGACAUGUUGCUGGCUACAUCGUCUCGGUUUCGCAUGAUGAAUCUCCAGGGAGAGGAGUUUGUGUGCCUCAAAUCCAUCAUUUUGCUUAAUUCUGGAGUUUACACCUUUCUGUCAAGCACUCUGAAGUCUCUGGAAGAGAAGGACCAUAUCCACCGUGUCCUGGACAAGAUCACUGACACCCUGAUCCAUCUGAUGGCCAAGGCAGGCCUGACCCUGCAGCAGCAGCACCGGCGCCUGGCCCAGCUCCUCCUCAUCCUCUCCCACAUCAGGCACAUGAGUAACAAAGGCAUGGAGCACCUGUACAACAUGAAGUGCAAGAACGUGGUGCCCUUCUAUGAUCUGCUGCUGGAGAUGCUGGAUGCCCACCGCCUACACGCCCCGGCCAACCGCGGGGGCACCCCCAUGGAGGAGCCGCACCAGGACCAGAUGGCCGCCACCGGCCCAACUUUACCGCAUUCCUUGCAGACGUAUUACAUCGGUGGGGAGGCAGAGGGUUUCCCCAACACAGUCUGAGAGCUCCCUGGCUCCCCCAAGUUUCUGAGAAUCCCCGCAGCAUUCUACCCACCUCAUAAACCACCAUAACAAAAUUCUGCUCCUGAACACACUCCGGCUUGCAACCACCACAUGCUUUAUACUCUGAGUGGCCGUUCGUCUGCUUGCUCAGCUCUUAGUGGCACGCCUUCUUUUGGGAACGGCCAGAGGGGUUCCAGGGCUACCUUCUUUGUAAGGGCUCUCUUCCUCCCUCUGCUACAUCACUAAGCAUGGGGAUUCCUGUAGCUUUUCAUGACUGAACUCGGUCUGUGUGCUGGGGCUCAGCUGAGUCUGUGCAUUUAAGCUACUUGUCGAGAGCCAGGACUGGAGAGUGGACUUUUCACCUCUGCAAAGCACUUUUUAAUGAAUCUAAGCCACGGGAAAGAAUUGGAAGUGGCUCCUUUAACUGCUGACUCGGAGACAGCUAGCUCGAGGGUUUACCAGAGCGUCCUCUUGUAUUCCUAUAGAAACGUGUCAUUUUAUUAAAGUAACCCCUUCAAGCUUUUGCUCUGUUGCUUGGCCAUAGCUGAAUAUUCGGCGAUUGUCUAUUUAUUUCCCCUAUAGGAAUACAAGAUGCCCCCGGUUACCAGCUGAGAACACUGCGCCUUCAGAUUUGCCGAAUGCUCUUCUGUAGGCUGAGCGCACCCUGCACAGGUCCUGGGCUCCGGUUAGGUUAGUU